AAGAAGUUCCAAUAUAAUUCUGGGGUUACAAGGCGUGAGGUCGUUCGUCCCACUGUUAUGCUAUGAGCUGCUAAGAAUUGCUAGAAUGCUAGUGCUAAGUUGCUAACCCUUUACAAUGAAAUAAAUGCUACCAUUUAUACCACUAAUGGGUAGUUGGAUAAACUGACGCGGCGAGCUAUGGAUGACUGGGAUCUCAACCACCAAAUCUCUGCAUUAAAUGCGCUUCCCGCCAGAAUCUUCUACAUUAAAUGUGUUUUCCGUCAGGAUCUUGGCUUCCCGACAAGGGGUGGGGACGUUCUUCCCCAUGAACUUGCCUCUUGUUCCCUGCUGGGACCUUGGCCUCCCGCCAAGGGGUGGGGACGUUUAUCCACACGAGCUUGCCUCUUGUUCCCUGAUGGGACCUUGGCUUCCCGCCAAGGGGUGGGGACGUUCGUCCCCAUGAGCUUGCCUAUUGUUCCCUGUUGGGACCUUGGCUUCCUGCCAAGGGUGGGGACAUUCGUCCCCUAGAGCGUGCUUCUUGCUUUCUGCUGGGUCCGAAGUCCUGCAGAUGAGCGUCGGGCGCUGCCCCUAUUCCAAGGCACCCGUCUAUGCCACGGUACGUACGUCCCCUGAAGCCUGACCCCGUUGGGGACGAACCUCGUCGGAGUAAGCGGAAAGGUAACUCGUUGUCUCAUGCCUUCUACAGAUGUUCGUAGGGCUGCCCUUGAGGGUUUCAUGGGCUAACCCCCGUUGGGC